AUGCUUCCGAAAACAACCCGUCAAAGUAAUUUUCGGGGCACCUACUUGCAUUCUGGGACAGUACUAACCGCCGUCACUGGAAAACCGCAGCCCAGAGAUCUACUAGCUCAUUUCUCGCUUAGAUUCCCGCUGUCGAACUAUACUUUCGGUACAAAGGAUGCGCAGUCGGAAAGAGAUCAUUCAGUGCAAGCGCGGUUUCAACGGAUGAGAGAGGAAUAUGAAAAGGUGGGAAUGAGACGUUCUGUAGAUGCUGUAUUGAUCGUUCACGAGCACUCUCUCCCUCACAUUCUCCUGCUGCAGAUUGGUAGUACCUUUUUCAAGCUACCUGGCGGAGAGCUUGAAGUAGGAGAGGAGGAGACCGAAGGGAUGAAACGAUUGCUUGAUCUCACUCUUGGAAGAACAGAUGGGGUAAAAAACGAAUGGAAAAUUGAGGACGAAGUUGGCAAUUGGUGGAGACCAAAUUUCGACCCUCCUCGAUACCCAUACAUCCCUGCUCAUGUCACGAAACCAAAAGAACACACAAAGCUGCUCCUUGUGCAGAUGCCAGAAAAAGCAAUGUUUGCUGUGCCGAAGAAUUACAAAUUGGUUGCGGCACCUUUGUUCGAGUUGUAUGACAACGCUGCUGCAUAUGGACCACUAAUUGCGAGCUUACCAAUGGCUCUUAGUAGGUUCAACUUUAUUUAUAACGGUGUUGUAUGA